AUGGGGUGGGGUGGCAUUUUCACCAAGUACGGCAGCGCGGGCGCGCUCCUGCGAGGGCCACCUCACGAUGGCCAAUUCAGUCACAGCACAGAAAUGAGUGGCCUACAUGCCUCCACAGGUGCCUCUCACUCGGCAGCAUGCACGCUGAAACGCGGGAAUCGCUCCCGGUCGAAGACUAGAGGGUUGGCAAAAAGCUGGAGCAACGGGGAUCCAGGCCAGCGGGCAAUGGGGCUGCCUCUGCGCAGCGUGGGCAGGCCAGUGUCGUCGAGGCCUGAGGGCGGCCGGCUGCAGUCGAGUGAGGCAGGUUUGGCAGCAGGCCAGGCAUCGCGGAAGCAUUGGCUGCGGUUGCAUGCAGCGCGCCCGCGAGAGACGCGCCGCGGUGUUUCAGGCCUCUUAAAACAGAUCACGGGCAGCAGAUCCUUGGGCGGCAAGAGCCAGGCUUCACGCUCGACUCACCUCGCGUCGCUGGAGAAGCUUGGAACAGCGCCGGAGAAUUAA